AUGUGCCCACGAUCAAAUGAAAUAAAAAUACAAAUACAAAUCAAUUCCACCUGACAUGUAAUCUUAAGAUAUCCGUAAUUUACAAAAUAAAAUUCCCCGUAAUAUGGUAAUAAGUUAUGAUAUGUCUUAUUUCAAAAUAUUACCUUAAAAUGCUAAAAAUAAAUAGUUAACUAGUAUAUGCGAGAAAGCCGUAUAAAUAGCUAUUGAAUAUUUUACUCGUUUAAUAAAAAUAAUUCCAAAAUCUGAAGUAAAUAUGAGAUAUAAAUCUUCGAAAUGUGGAAAAGUUGAUGUUCCUUAAUCAGAUAAAACUAGAGGAAAGAAUUCUGAUUUACAUUUAUAUGUAUAAUAUGUAAUGGAAGAUGAUUAGUAGUAUUAAGCCUCUGCUAUUUGGUGUUAAUUUUUGGAUGCUCAAGGACCAACUCAUGGUUUAGUUAACUUCAAUUUAGCUGAAUUAGAAUAAAUAGAAUUGGAUGAUGCUAUUGAAUUUGAAGAUUUAAUUGAAAUAGUUAUCCAUGAAAUUACUCAUAUAUUAGGUUUUAGCGAUGAAGAUAUACCUAAAUGGGUAAAUUCUAAUGGAAUCGCAUAUGCUAAACCUACUAUUACAUAAAAAAUAAGGGAUAUUGAUAGUUUAUUACUCACAACUCCUCAUGUUUUGGCAUUUGCUCGUAAAUAUUUCGGAUGUCCUACCUUAGUUGGUAUGCCUCUUUAAAACUAAGGAAACGGAAAUUCUAAAAAUUCUCAUUGGUUAAACACAAUCAUGCAAAACGAAUACAUGAAUGCAUCUGUAUCAUAUACUUAGGCUUAUUUUAGUGGUUUUACAACUAAUCUUUUAAGAGAUACAGGUUUCUAUACAGAAAUAAACGAAUCUAUGGAAGAAUAGAUGUUCUAUGGAAAAGGUAAAGGCUGUGAGUAUGUUCUUGGUAAAUGUAAAACUACAACAAGAGAAUUUUGUGAUCCUAAAACUGACGAGAAAUUAUGCGAUUUUUACCACCAUGGUCUUGCUAAUUGUAGUGUUGGUUUAUUUAAUAAUCCUGGUUGCAAUAAUUUAUUUACCUACCCAGAUUAUAAAUGCUGGGAUGUUAAUAGUCUUUUGAACAUUGAAGAUGUUAAUGAAAAAAAUGGAGGUUAAUUUGGAGAAGAUUCAAGAUGUUUUAACGGAAACUUAUUAGCUAAAACAGAAAAAAAAUCAAAAAAAAAAAAUGAAAAUAUUAUAGGUAAUUGCUAUAAAUAUGAAUGUAGUUCAAAUGGAUAAUAAGUCUUUAUAUUUGUAGGAUAAGAAAAACUAAUUUGUAAAAAAAAAUUAGAAAAAAUAACAGUUAAAGGUUAUGAUGGAUAUGUUAUAUGUCCUGAAAAUAUAUAAGAGUUUUGUAUGUAUAAAAAAAUAUGUCCAGGAUUUUGUAGUAAAAACGGAUAUUGCUUAAAAAAUUAAUGUUAAUGUAUGAAAGGAUUCUUUGGAAAUGAUUGCUUUAAGAAAUAAGUAGCUUGAUUAGUUAAGUAUUUAAUAAUUUUUAAUCUAAUUUUAUUUAAUAUAAUAAAUACAUAAAUAAUUUGUUUAUAAUUAUUAACUUUUAUUAAUU